GGGUACGUCUGCGUACAAACGAUUGUUUUUGUCUAGACGCCAAUCCGUGUGAGGACAUCACCGGACUCUGGUACAACAACCUCGGCUCCCAGAUGACGCUGGUGCAGAACGGCACGAUCAUCACCGGCUUUUACGGGACAGCGGUGGAGUCUACCCAGGGGGCGGCAGGGAACUCGCCACCUGGAUUGGUGAUGUCCAGGUCUGUGGGAGAUCCUCACGGAACGUUUGCCUGGAUCGUGAACUACAGUCGGUCCACCUCAGCAUGGACAGCCCAAUGCGUCAUCUGUGGCGGUCAUGUUGAACUCCAUACCACAUGGGUGUACCGCCAAAAGGUUGACGGCUGCGAUGAUCGCUGGCUGGCAGCCCGGGUGGGAGAGGACACCUUCACACGCUAUCCACAGACGGCCACAGGGCCAUUGCAUGGCCAUCUUUAAAUGAACCUUGAGGUCUCCCAAAAGAUAAUAAAAAAGACUCAAUUAAAGUCAA